UCUUCGUCAUCUAUCCGGCUGCUUUCUUUUUUUUCUUUCUUAUUUAAUUUAGUUUUUAAGUUACUGUAAUGCAGUUUAUUGACAGAGUACAUCUAUUGGUAUUUUAAACGAAACAGGAUUACUUUGAUUCACCAAGAUGAAACGACGGAAAAUUCAAACUUUAUUAUGUCUGCUUCUGUGUGUAUGCAUUUUGCCAACCUGUCGCUGUGCUCAUGGGAAAUAUGCUCAAAAGCUCCUGAAUGAUCUGUUCAACAACUACACCAGCGCUCUGAGGCCUGUGGAGAACACAGACACCAUAUUGAAUGUGACCCUGCAGGUUACACUGUCACAAAUUAUUGACAUGGAUGAGCGAAACCAAAUUUUGACAGCAUAUCUAUGGAUACGGCAAGUGUGGGUUGAUGCACAUCUGAAAUGGAAUAAAGAUGAUUACGAUGGACUCGAUACCAUCCGUAUACCUAGUAGUUAUGUAUGGAGACCUGAUAUUGUCCUAUAUAACAAUGCUGAUGACCAUUUCACAGGCUCCAUGGAUACCAAUGUGGUAAUCCAACACGAUGGCAAUAUUAUGUGGGACUCUCCAGCCAUCACAAAGAGCUCCUGCAAAGUGGAUGUGUCAUUCUUCCCCUUUGACGCUCAGCAGUGCAGGUUCACAUACGGCUCCUGGACCUACAACGGAAACCAGCUGGACAUCUUGAAUGCCCAAGACAGCGCAGAUUUGGCAGACCUGGUGGACAAUGUGGAGUGGGAGGUGCUGGGUAUGCCGGCAAAGAAGAACGUUAUUCAGUAUGGCUGCUGUGCUGAGCCUUACCCUGAUGUUACCUACUCUUUAAAGCUGAAGAGAAGAGCUUCCUUCUAUGUCUUCAACUUGCUCAUACCUUGUGUGAUGAUCUCUUUUCUGGCUCCAUUGGGCUUCUAUCUGCCCGCUGACUCUGGAGAAAAGGUGUCUUUGGGUGUUACCGUGAUGCUGGCACUCACUGUCUUUCAGCUACUGGUCGCAGAGAUCAUGCCGCCAUCUGAGAAUGUGCCGCUUAUUGGUAAGUAUUACAUUGCAACCAUGACCAUGAUCACAGCCUCCACUGCUCUGACCAUCUUCAUCAUGAACAUACACCACUGUGGCCCAGAUGCCAAACCUGUUCCCAAGUGGGCCAAGACGCUCAUCCUGCAGCACAUGGCCAGAAUGUGUUUUGUUUACGAAGUUGGGGAGAACUGCAUGUCGCCACAGCCAGAAAAACAGGAGCCUCCACCUGUGAAGAACAACAACUGCACCAUGAACGGGCAGGUAGGAGCCGGCAGAGACGACUGUGUCUUCAAAAUGGAGAGAGGACAUGAGAUGUCAGAAGAGAGGGAAGACAUGGACCAGAUGAUGAGUCCGCGGGGCUCAAUAGGGAGGAACCCCACCAACAACUACAGCUCUUGGAAGAACGGCGUCUACAUGAGCAUGGACUGUGCAGACUCAGACGGUCAGAGGAGAUGCAGGAAAGGUGGAGUGAGUGGUGGGGAGAGAAAAGAAAGAGAGGUUUUAUGCAAUGACAGGCAGCUGCUGAGAAACAUUGAGUACAUAGCGAACUGUUACAGAGACCAGAGGGCCACGCAGAAACGGACAGGCGAGUGGAAGAAAGUAGCCAAAGUGUUAGACCGCUUCUUCAUGUGGUUAUUUUUCAUUAUGGUGUUUUUCAUGAGUCUGCUCAUCAUGGGAAAAGCCAUCUAAUAACAGAUUAUUAAAUGGCUCUUUUUAUAUCCAGACAUUUUAUUAACUCUGACCUUGUUGAAAAUGGACGUUAUGGAGACAAUGACUGUGGUCCUAUCUUUAAUGUAGAAUAAGAUCCUUGAUACACUUCUGGUUUGCAGGUUUUGUUUUGCUAUUGAAAACUCACAGCCCCUUAUUUUGGUCCGAGUGAAUGUCACAAAUCUCUGCCAUGAACCAGGUAGUCUAUUUUC